UCAGUCAGCGGCGAGGCAGCGCAGACCAUGGAGGCGGACGCCGAGUCCCCCCCCCGCGACCUGGAGUUGUCGACGCUGGAAGCCGAGAAACAACCGAUGGCGGCGGCGGCAGAGGAUGAAGAAAGGGGGGACCCUGGUCACCCCCGGCCCGAUCCCGUGCCCCCCCAAAUUGGUGAAAAAAAUGGGCUGGUGAAAAUCCCCCAAGAUGAAGAAUUAGGAGGGGGUGAAAAUUUGGGGGGUUGUAAAUUUACGGGCUUGGGGAAAGAGGAAUUGCUGCAGGCGGCGGGGGCCCCCGCCUGGGCGAAGGCUCGGACCAUCCUCCUCCUCCUUUUCUGGCUGGGAUGGCUGGGGAUGUUGGGGGCCGCCGCCGCCAUUGUCGCCCGAGCCCCCCGAUGUCGCCCUCUGCCCCCCCGCGCCUGGUGGGAACUUGGGGGGCUCUAUCGGGCCCCCCCCGGCCCCUUUGCCAAGGAUUUGAAAGGCGUGGCGGAGCGGCUGGACCACGUGGCGGGGCUGCAGAUGCGGGGGCUGGUGCUGGGGCCGCUGCACCCCCAAACCUCGGAGGACCCCGAAAACUUGUCCCUGGAGCAGCUGGACCCGCUGCUGGGCUCCCUCCAGGAUUUCGCUGAUCUUCUGCAGGCUGCCAAGAAGAAGGGACUGCAAGUGAUCCUGGAUUUGACCCCCAAUUAUUUGGGGAACCAGACCUGGUUCGGGGAGAACGUGGCCAAGAAUUUCGGGUUGCAGGAGAAGGUCAAGCGGGCGCUGAGCGUGUGGCUGGAGCGCGGCGUGGCCGGCUUCUUCCUGGACGGCAUCGAGGAGCUGCAGCCCUCGGUGGUGGCCGAGUGGAGGAACCUGACGGAGCAGCACAGCUCUGACGGCGUCCCCAGGGUGCUGAUGGGGGGCACCCGCCUGCAGGACCCCCCCAGGCUGCUGGAGCUGCUCAACUCCUCGGGGCUGGGGCUGGUGCUGGGGCCCUUCCUGGAGGCGCUGGGCCCUGACCCCCCCCCCGAAACCCUCGCCCCCCAACUCCUGAACUUCCUGCGCCCCAAAGUUCCCCUGGCCUGGAGUGUGGGGUCCCCCUGGCAGCACCUGGCCGGGCUGAGCCCCCCCCGCGCCCCACAACGCCUGCUCCUGCUCUGGGCCGCCCUCCCCGGGACCCCCGUUCUCAGCUAUGGUGACGAACUGGGCCUGACCGACCCCCCCGGGGACCCCGGGCAGCUGACCCCGAUGCCCUGGGACGUGGUGGAGAGGAUCCAGGAGGAGGAGAACAGCACCGAGGCGCAGCGGCUGGAGCUGUGCCGUCGCCUGGGUGCCCUGCGGGUGCGGGAGCGGUCGCUGUCGCUGGGGGAGGCGGAGGCCAUCCCCUCUGACCGGGCUGCCAUUUUUCUGCGGAGCUGGGACCAGAGCGAGCGGUUCCUGGUGGUUCUGAAUCCCGGAGGACAGCGCAUCACCGAGCUGGCCCUGAAGGACUCCCGCCUGCCCUCCCAGGCCACCCUGCGCCUCAGCACCCACCGCCCCCUCCCCCAGGAUCCUCAUGUCGACUUGGGGGCCCUCGAGCUCCUGCCCUACGAGGGGCUGCUGAUCAGCUUCCCCUACACCCCAUAGCGCCCGCCCUGCCCCACGGCAUCUGUGGGGCAGGAGCAUGGUGUGUCCCCCACCCCGCCCACCUCAGCACCCACAGGACAAGGGGACCCACCAACCCCAGCACCCAUCAGAAUCUGGGGGGCACCUACAGCACCUGUGUGUGGCCUUACACCCCCCCAACACCCAGUUCCCCAUUUUCAGGGGCUCUCAUCCCCCCCCCCCCCAGUCCCAUUUUGGAGGUGCCCCCCCAUUCCCCUGGGGCUUUGGGGGGGUCCCUUCCCCCCCUCUACACUCCAUUUUGGGGGUGGCCCUUGGCACUAAUCUCAGUCCCUGGGGUGGGGUGUCCCCCCUUGUCCCUGGGGGGGGUUUGGGGUUCACUGUUGUGUGUCCAUGUCUGUAUCCCCCCCCCCCCUCCCCCCCCCCAAUAAAUGAGCUGCAUUUGUG